AUGCCGUCGCCAGAGCAGCGCAAGAAAAUCGGCCAGCUCUUUGCCGUUGGCUUCCAUGGUCGUGAAAUCAACAAGGAAAUUACCACUCUGAUCCGCGACUACGGCGUCGGGGCAAUCGUUUUAUUCAAGCGCAACGUGCUCGACGCCGCUCAACUCCAGGCGCUGUGCUUGGGGCUACAGAAGAUCGCCAAAGACGCAGGCCACAGCCAGCCGCUCUUCAUCGGCAUCGACCAGGAGAAUGGCCUCGUCACUCGCAUUUCGCCGCCCAUCGCCUCUCAGCAGCCUGGGCCGAUGACUCUCGGCGCUGCUGGAUCUCUGGGUUAUGCGUAUGAGGUUGCAAAGGCCACGGCGGAGAUGCUGCGGUAUUUCGGCAUCAACAUGAACUAUGCGCCUGUUGGCGAUAUCAACUCAGAGCCACUUAAUCCCGUUAUUGGCGUUCGAAGUCCCAGUGACCAGGCAGAGACGGUGUCCAAAUUUGCAGCGGCUUGCACAAAGGGCUUGAGAGAACACAAGGUCGUGCCGUGCAUCAAGCAUUUCCCCGGCCAUGGAGAUACAGCCGUCGACUCUCAUUACGGAUUGCCAGUCAUCGACAAAUCAAGAGCCGAUAUGGAGAAGCUGGAACUGAUUCCAUUCCGUGACGCUGUAGCUGACAACAUCGAGAUGGUCAUGACGGCUCACAUCUCCUUGCCACAGCUAGCAAAGAACGGUCUCCCCGCCACGCUAUCGCCAGAUACGAUCGGAAUUCUGCGAAAUGAGUGGAAGUAUGAAGGAGUCAUCAUGACGGACUGCUUGGAGAUGGACGGCGUCCGCGCGACUUAUGGCACCGUCGAGGGCUCAUUGAUGGCGUUCCAGGCUGGUGUCGAUAAUGUCAUGAUAUGCCAUACGUUUGAUGUGCAAGCGGCAGCUGUCGACUACGUCUGCGACGCCAUUGAAAGCGGGAAGCUGUCUCAGGAGAGAGUGGACCAAUCUCUGGAGCGCCUCCAGAAGCUCAAGGAGAGGUACACGAACUGGGAUAUUGCUCUCCACGCGGAACCACCAGAGACGCUGGCGGCAAUCAAUGAGAGGGGAGAGAAGCUCGCUCGCCAGGUGUAUGCAGACGCAACGACGCUUGUCCGGGCACAAGAGGGUCUUAUUCCUCUCAAAUCGACCACCAAGAUUGCCUUUGUCUCUCCCGGGCCAGAUGUACCCAUCGGCGGAGCCGUCGACAGCGGAACUUUGCCCACGCGUGUGCCUUGGAUCGCCGACACAUUCGCAGAGCGGAUUCGCAUGAAAGGGGUUAGGGUUACAGACGUGCGAUUCACCAGCUCUACUCUGACGGAAGAGCAGUGGAAACAAGUCGACGAGGCUGACGUCGUUGUUCUGGCUACCCGCAACGCUCGCGAGUCAAAGUACCAGAAGGAGCUUGGUCUUGAAAUAGCCAAGAGACGGGGGUCGCGGCCCUUGAUUUCGAUUGCUACGUGUGCUCCUUACGAUUUCCUGGAUGAUGCAGAAAUCCGCACGUACAUCGCCGUGUAUGAGCCCACUGUCGAAGCCUUCUCGGCGGCCGUGGACGUUCUAUUUGGAGACGCGCAGCCAAGGGGAAAGUUGCCAGUGGCUCACUAA